CCCGGAUCUACCGCCGAUAUGCACUUUCAUGACGAAGAUCUGGCAUCCGAAUGUUGGCCCAUACGGGGAAGUUUGUUUGAAUAUCCUGCAAGAUGAGUGGAGCCAGGCACUUUCUGUGAGGACUGUUUUGUUAUCGAUUUCUGCUAUGUUGGGGGAUCCGGGAAUGGCAGUGGAAGGUGGUAAUGCUGUGUAUGGCUUUGCGAAUGUGGAGGCGGGGAGCAUGUGGAUGGGUAAUCCGGGAGUGUUUGAGAUGGCUGCGAGAGACUGGACGAGGAUGUAUGCCUAAGGAGGGAUUUGGGAGAUUGAUUCUUUGGUGGGUUGGCAUUGGUGUGG